GAUAAUACUCUUUGUACUGCCCCGCCCCGUCACAUCUGUGAUACCAUCUCCAGUCCGACAAACGUUUAUACGUUAUGACCAAUCCGACAGUUCUAUCUGUCACUUUGAGUUGGUUUCGUUGAUGUGACUGUGGCACAAGAUUGAUAACAACUUUAAAGUUGGAGAGAUAUAGGUUACACUCGGACAAUAUCCUUCGGUAUACUGAUAUUUUGGGAUUUCACACGUUGGACGUGUAAUUAAGAACAUCCGGAAACUAGAAGAGGGCUCCAUGCAUUAUAUAUUGUUCAUUGACAUCAGCCCCCACAACUUAUACUCCUCUGAAACAUUGCAUGGUGCCUUUGACGUUGGAGCUCUUCAUUGUAUUGGUAUAUACGCUCAGUUGAAUGCAGGCUCAAAAACAGCCCGAACUAUUGACGGGAUAUACUAUCGCAUUUUAUAGCAAAGUGAAAAUAAUCCGUUGGGAGUUUCUUCAAUGUGGGCCAGUUUGCUCUCGAGUAUGGGUUUGGGAUCAUCUGCAGUCGACCAAGGCUCCGGGCUAGAGGCGGGUGACUCCUCUUCUGGGGACACCCCUGGGGACACCGCGAGAAGGGCUCAUUUUUCAGUUGCCUUCACGACGCUGCUGGAGGGCGAUGUUCAGGCCCAGCGAAUCCCGUUUGAUCGGGUUCUCUCCCAGAGUUCAGAAGACACCUAUGACACAAAUAAUAACGAAUUUACUUGUACCAUACCAGGAGCAUACUUCUUUACUUUCACCAUCCACCCACAGGAGGACAAGGCGGCCUCGGUCUCGCUGAUGAAGAACGAUGAUGGACAGGUGAUGCUCUUGGCAGCGAGGAAGAAACGAAUAUCAAACAGCGUGUGCUCGCAGUCCGCCAUCUUGGAUCUCGCAGAAGGAGACAAGGUGUGGCUCCAGCUGAAUUCAGGGCGGGAGUACGGGAUCAGGAGCCAUCCCGGACAACCCUUGGUGACCUUCUCGGGGAUCCUUGUCAAGUAGAACACUAUUAUUGGUCUGCAUGGUGUCACACGUAGGCCUAUAGCAAAUUUUGCUUUAUGGAUCAUACAAAACAACGCUUGUUUUACUUGUAUGGGCAUGCCUAAUUAUUUCUCUAUGCAAUAUGCAGUAAAAUUGAUAAAACAACGCACCCAAAACAAGUGUUAAAAUUAUUAAUACUUCAUCCUUUUCAUCAUCGAAUAGCCUUAAUUACUCGAUGAUAUAGAGUGUGUUUUAUUUAUUUCUUUUAUUAAUCUGUAUGCGGACUGUAUGCAUAUACUCCAAAACUUGGCUGCAGCCAGUGGCGGCGGAAGCCAAAAAAAAAA